UGAACGAACAAACGUCAUUCAUUAUUUUAUUUGUCAACAAUGUACGCGGGGGAUUUUUUAUGAAUUUAUUUUAAAUAUUACAUAGUAUUAAUGUUUUAAUUGUUGUUUAGUUUAUUUUGUUGUAAAGUAUUUAUUUAGUAGUCAAUAUGAAUCUAGGCGAUCCAGAGCUAGAACUGAUUGACCCAACUCCAAAUGUACACUCGUUGUUCUUACACUUCGAUAAAAUGUUUUUCUGGACAAAACUGGCGAGCAGGGCUGUGGUCCGGUGGAGUAAAAGGAUGUACUCUUGUGCUGGCGUGUGCUCCUACGAAGGCAGAGGUGGGCUAUGUGACAUAGCUCUGAGUGAACCACUACUAAAGCUGAGACCUCGCAAAGACUUAGUUGAGACGCUACUCCAUGAGAUGAUCCAUGCGUUCCUAUUUGUAACCAAUAGGGACCAAGACCGGGACGGCCAUGGCCCUAACUUCAAGGCCCAUAUGCACAGAAUCAACAAAUGUGCAGGACUGAAUAUCAGUAUAUACCAUAGUUUCCAUGAUGAGGUGGAGCUCUACCAAAAUCACUGGUGGCGUUGCAAUGGCCCUUGUCAAACGAGAAGACCUCACUUUGGUAUAGUAAGACGGUCCAUGAACAGAGCCCCAGGGCCCUGUGACUACUGGUGGGCUGAUCACCUCAGAAAAUGUGGAGGAACCUUCAUCAAAAUAAAAGAACCAGAAAAACAACAAAAGACUAAAGGUACAAAACCUACAGUUAAACCAAAUGCAGAUAUCACGAAAUACAUAACAAAUAAUAUCAAAACUAUCAAUAAUAUACCAAAUACAAAUACUUGCAACAGUCCAAAACCAAUAUUGAAGGAUUCUAGUAAUAUAAAAGGCAAUAUCAAAACCAAAUCAAACAGUUCAAGUACUGUGGUGGUAAGCAAGAAGGGUGUUGUAUUCAAUCCUACAGUGCCUAAACCUCCUACUCAGCCCAUCCCAGUGUUUACUGGAAGUGGCAAUACAUUAAAAACUGAUGCCAAACACUAUACCGACAAUGUCACAGAAACAGUUAGAAGCAUAUGGGCUAAUAAACAAAUACCUACUGCAGUAAACAAGAAACCUACACCAGUUAAUACAAGUUUAUUAGUACAAAAAUCUAAGAUUCAAAAUGAUACUGCUACAUUCAAAAUACCAGACAGUAAAAUCGGAACUCCUAAUCCUAAAAAACCUAAAAUAGAGUCUCCUACUUCAUCUCCACCUAUAAAAAUGAAGAAGAUUGAAGACUAUUUUAAUGCUACAACAAUAUUAAAAGACUUAUAUGGUGAUGAUUACAAGUUAACUCAACCUAGUAACAGUAAAAAGUUAAUAGCUGUUAAUGUUAAAGUGGAAUUAGUUGACUGUCCUAUCUGUAAUGGUAAAUUUAGUAAUGAAGAAAUCAAUAGGCACUUAGAUGAAUGUUUAAAUAAGGAUAUUAUUGAGAAACUUAGUAAGGAUGGUAUUGAUAGUGUACAAGAAGUUCAACCUAGCCAAAAUGAACUAAUUGAUGUUAAACCAACUGUACCUGCAUUUGUAAAACCAGUAAACACUAAUAAUAAUCUUGUAGACUUGACUAACUUGAACAUUGAAUCUACUAACAUAAAUAAGAACAAGGGUAAAAGAAAGACUGAAUCAGAAGUAACAGACCCUGUCGCAAGCCUUGAUAAAGUCAUAUCACUAGUCAAAGAAAUAGAGGAUGGCCAACGAAGAGUUAUAGAAACAGUUAAAAUAAUUGCCAACACAGACAUGCCACAGGUGAAAAGACGAAAAACCGAUAGCCACAUAACAACAGACAGGGGUGAUAAUUUACAAACUUCAAAAGUAGAUGAGCAGGUAUCAGAAACAGUUAAAAUCAAAUCAGAACCUAGUACAAGCAAGGAAGAGUUAUUUGAUCAAAUAUGUCCGUGCUGUGGUAAGCAAUUUGACAAGCCUGUAGAAGAACAUUUAGAUGAAUGUCUGAUGUUCUUUGAUAAUAACACAACUAUACCCGAUGAAGGUGCCAGCACAAGUUAUGAGAAUAAUACAACUAUAGUCAUUGAAGAUGAAGAUGAUAUAUUUGACGAGUCUCAAGUAUUCAAUGCUACGGGUACAAAGACUCCUUGCCCGUGUUGUAUGAAAAUGGUGGAAGAACUUGAUAUGAAUAAUCAUUUGGAUUUGUGUUUGAAAUAGAUUUUUUUGAUCAUGGUAGCUAAUUUUGUGAUUAAGAUUAUUUUGUUUGAUGAUUAAAUAUUUAUUGUUAAAUCAGUGUGUAGAUUAUAAUUGUCUGUUCAAAAUGUUAAAAUUAAGCUGAAAUACAUUAAAGGUUGAUAUGUAAAAUUGCUGUAAAUUGCAUAGAAACCGUGUUAGAAUCCUUGAUUAAUUUGAUUUCCACAUGUAAUUUGUUAAUGAUGGUAGAAUUGGUGAUUGUUUAAUAUUGCUAUUAUGAGUUUGUUAUGGCUUACGAAAUCUUGCAUUUAAUAGUUAUUUGAUGUG